AGGUCGAGAAACCUUGCUGCACAUCUGCAAGGACAUAGCUCGCUAAAAUUUAAUCAUCUGCUUUCACAGUUUCACUUUGCCUCUAAUAAUUAUUCAUCAUGAUUUCACCCCUGCUGAGGGCGAAUUGUCUACUACCAAGAAUUUGCUCAUAAUUUAUUAGAAUUUUGUUUAUCCAAAUUGUCUCUGUAGCAAAACAUCAGACCGGGAGCUUGGUAGAAUAUCAACGGUAAAUCUUGUUUCCGAGAAUGACCAGACAACCAACAUUGUUGAUAUAUGAAGAUGAUGUGAAUUUCAUAACAAAUUCAACUUUACAGUAUACCAACAUUGAGACCGGGGGAGAUUUGUUUGGAUUGUGGCAAAACGAAAGAGAAGUUGUAGUUCAACUUGUGUCAGGGCCUGGCCAAAAUUGCCGUCGUACUGCUACAGCAUUCUUCCAAGAUAGAACCUAUCUUAGUAAUGUUGGUAAUCAUUUAAUCAACGAGAAGGGCUUGUGCAACAUUGGUGAAUGGCAUUCGCAUCAUCGCCUCAAUUUACCUGAACCAAGUCAUGGCGAUAAAGGAACAGUUUGGAGAAAUAUGCCUGGACUAGGAAUAAAACAGUUUUUACUCAUUAUUGCGACCAUUACACCGAAAGAUGGGGUUGAUAUAAAUGGUUUCAUUUUUACAGCGCCAGUCAAACAACAUCAAAAUGGCGAAAUGAUUAGACUUCGAACUCGAGCUCUCGGUGGACCGAAUCCGUUCCGACGACAACCCGAUGUAUUGGAAAUGUUACGUGAGGGAGCGGAGGUGCCAAAGGUAGCGAAUCCUCCCCCAUAUACACCCACAGAGCGAAAUCCCAAAAAACAGAGAAGAUCGAAAAAAGAAAAGAGAUCGGGGAAUGGUGAAAGCAAAAGCAAGUUCCGUCGUCGUUGGUUUUCGGGUAGAAAAAAGAAUAAAGAGAAGUACGGUGAAUUGCAGACAGAUAAUAGUACAAUAUCGAUGAAUGUUCAACCGCAUGAACAUUAUCGAAGUCUUGAUCCGAAUAAGAGUGUCGAAAUUGAACCGGCUGAUGACCGUUCCACACGCCCUUUGAUAAAUAACAAGAAUACUGAACGGAGGAGCACUUACCUUUAAAAGAACUUCAUCUUAUGCACUGACGUCCACUCUACCUAUCAUUACUGAAUGUUAUAUUUAACCAGAAUAUUACCAAUUUGCUUAUGCAUAAUAACAAUUUUCAGCAUCUUCAUGAUUGAUUUUGUACCACAAAGAUAGCAAUGAAAUGUGAUAUACACAAUUAUACCUUGAUAACUGUCACUCUCAAAUAUAAUGAUAUAUCAUUUCAAUUUUGUACCUUAUUGAUCAGAAAGUUGACACUAGUUACUAGCAGUUAGAAAUUUUAAUCACAUAUGAUAAAGAAUGUAUAAUGAAGACAUUUCUAUAAGUAUGCUAAGAAUAGUUUUAAAUCUGGAACAAACAUUGUCAGUGUCCAGGGGAGGUUAGAUUGUUUACCUCAUGUACCA